AUGGUAUUACGACCUCGUCCAGGUGCCAAGAAACCCGGUACCAAUCCAGAAAACAAGCCUGAUGAGAAACAAGUAAUUGAAACAGGACAAGUGAAGAAUGAAGUUGAAGAAGAAGGAAAGAAAAAAGAAGAAAAUAAACAAGCUAUUGGAGGAAGGAUGAAACAGGUGGUGAAAGAAAAAAAGAAAGAAAAAGAAAAAGAAAAGGAACGUCCUAAGUCACCCGGUACCAAUCCAGAAAACAAGUCUGAUCAAGAACAACAAACUAAAACAGGACAAGUGAAGAUUAAAGAGGUGGAAGAAAAAAAGAAAGAAAACGAAAAGGAGCAACCUAAGCCACCCGACGCCAUUCCAAAAAACGUGUCUGGUCAAGAACAAGAGUCUGAAGAGGAGGAAGACGACGACGAAGAAGCAGAAGACUAUGAAGAAUACGACGACGAAGAAGGAGAAGACGAUGAAGAAUACGACGACGAAGAAGGAGAAGACGAUGAAGAAUACGACGAAGAAACAGAAAAAAGUUACAAUUUACGAACCAGAAAAGAAACACAUGUUCAAACACCUAAAGUUGAUUCUACUAACUUUGUCAAAGGCAAAACUAAAAAUAAUGAAGCAUCAUCAUCAAUUCAUGAUGGUCCAUCGAAAUAUCGACCACUGCCGAUUGCUGUUAAACCAAAAUCAGCAUGUGCCACGACGACUGACUCAACGGCCGGUUUAAUUGAACCUGCUAAAGUAAAAAAGCAGAUUGAAAAUCGUAUCAACUACUAUAUGGAAGAUCAACGGGGGGAAGCUAUACGUUAUUUGUAUAACUCGGAAAAACAACUUGAUAUUAAUGAUUUAUUAACGCGAUUGGACGAAUUGAGUGCUCGAUCAGGAUCAGGAAAGCUAUUAAGAGCACUUUAUAAACGUCAUUCAUCACAACCGCCAUUUUUGACUACACGAGAUUUUGAAGAUGGAUCUCUGAAGUGUCAAGUACAGAAUAAUCUGGCAGUUUAUGCAGUCACUAUAUGCAUACCUGAUUGGCUUUACGACUGCAUGAGAGAACACCCAAAACUUUGCAAAAAGAAAGUUUUACUAAAUCCUUCUUUUGAUGACAAGGAACGACUUGUUCAUCUUUGUGGCAAAAUUGGUGAAAGCACUGACUUUACACAGCGUGAAAAUCAUUACAAGAAUACAGAAAGAAACGGUCAACUAGGACCAAUAUUUUGCUACCUAAGACAAAAAGCGAAGGAAUCAGAACCUAAUCCAUUUAUGGAUUGGGUAAACGUAUGGCCGAUUCUAUCUGGUGAAGGCUUGGAGGAUGUGGAUAAACGUAUCGUGGUAUAUAAACUGAUCAAGAUGGAAACGCUGUGCUCGUUUUUGCUCGGACGAGCCGGUAAUUGUGGUUACAAUUUCAUCGGUCGAUUCAACGAGCGUACUCUUGAGGAAAUGCAGAAGUCUGCAAAACGUUUAAACAAUGAUUUGGACAAAUCGUUUGAAGGUGAAAAUGGACCAACCACGAAAAGAAAGCUCGCCCAAGAAAAACGUAAGGAGACUAUGUCAGCAAAGUCCAUGGGUCCCAGUGGUCUUCCGAUUUCAGGACAAGAAAUCAUGAGGCGGAAGAUGCUUGAAGGUCAAGAAGUACUGAAGUUACGAGAAGAUGGAGAAUAUCGAACUGGUCGUGAGCAAAGGUAUGCUACAAAAUAUUCACGUAACAAGCCUGCACAUAUAGCUGAAAUCAAUGCUUUCGUUGCUCUAGUGGAGCUGGCGAAAAAACCCGGUUAUAUUCCACCGGAAAUGGUUAAGUUGACGACGGGACCAAUCCAGUAUGGAUGGGAAGCACAAUGUCUUCAAUGUAAACGCUUUUAUUCUGUCACAAAAGUAAAUAAAAAUGAUCUAUAUACGCAUUCAAAUAAAUAUCCAAUGGCUUCAAACUAUGAAUCUACUCCAUCUGAACCUUUUCAACAAUGGCAAUUGCCUUCACAGUUUCACCUUGUAACAUGGAACACAUUUAAACAUCAUAUUCCUCGUCUUAUUAUUAUUAUUGUAGUUGAUCUGAUUCUACCGAUUAUAAUAUAUUUUUCUCUUGCAAGUAAUAUCAAACCUGUCUACGCUCUCUUGGCCGCUGGUAUUCCUCCUUUCUUGAUGGUCGUCUUCAAAGCUGUAUGGAAACGUUACUUUGAUUCUAUCGGUUUUAUUGUCUGUAUUACUUUUAUUUUUGCGGCCAUCUUAGCAUUGGCGUUAGAUAAUCCUAAAAUUCUAUUGUUAGAAAAAUCACUGAUUACCGGUACACUAGCAAUAAUAUUUGGUAUUACAUUAAUUCCAUUUCGAUGUGGUCUCGGGCAAUAUCGAUGGCGUCCAAUUGUCUAUUAUUUUUAUCAUGAUUUAGUACCAGUAAGUCGAGCAGAAUUCGGUCUAUCAGAUAGCAUGUUUGACGAUAAUCAAUACACAGAAAUCAAAGAUGAGAAUAGGAAACAAGAUGUACCGGACCCAAAAGAAGUAGCUCAAGUCUAUGCAUGGAUCUAUGACCAUUGUUCAUCGUUUCGUAUCUCGUGUUAUCUUAUGACAGGUGUUUGGGCGCUUUUUGGUAAACCUCAAGCACGAGUGAAUUUUAUCAUUCUUGCUGGCGGACCUGAUAGUGUUACUUACCAAAGAAUUAAAUAUCUACUUCAAAAUGAUUCUGAAACAAAUACGUCUAUUUCGGUUACCAGUUCGACGAAUUAUGACACAUUAAUGACCAUUCAUAAUCGGGUAUAUGGUCUUGAAAGUCGAGCCUCAUCGACUAACCUAACUACAACGAAUUUCAAAGACAUAUGUUGCCACGGAUAUUCACCUUUUCAAUUUACUAUUAAUAAUGUUUCGAAUGCUGACGAAUGGGCACAACUUCGAGAAAGAUUUAUUGAUCUUCUCGAACGAAACAAAGAUGAAAAUUUAAAUGAAGAUCAAAUCAGAAUAGAAGCUCCCAGUUGGAUUCUACUUUAUGGCUCGAUAUGCUUGGAACGACCACUUCUUGAUAUAUUUAUUACAUUGAAUAAUCAAAAUUUAUCAUUAGAUACUAACACUUUUACUAUUCUCGGUCUAUUAGUUGAUGAAGAAGAACUUUUUAAAUGUUGGCUAUGCCGCAAUGUAGCUCAUGAGGACUACGAAAAGAAUACUUAUCCUGAAUAUGAAAGACGUAUUAAAGGAUUUUUUUCUCUAUUGAAUUCAUCUCAAUAUCUUCAAGAACAUACAUUACUUGUUAAAGACAAGGGAAAUUUUACUAAUAUUGAGUUAAAAGAAAUUUUGAAAGAUUUAUUUCAACAAAACAUAUCAAAAUAUUCAUCUACCAAUAGUAAUCUUCGAUCGUCAAUGGAAAAAUUACUGAAACAUUAUCGUCGAACAGUACGUGAUAUACGAACUGUACGAAGAAAUUUACAAUCCUCUUAUCAAAAUAAUGCACAAUAUCCAUUAGAAUCUAUUUGCAAUCGUUUAAAAAAUUCUAAUACAGCUGCUGAAGCAGCUCAUGAAGUAAUUCAGCUUGUGCUUAAUGAAUUUACCUGUUUGAACAAAGAACAAAAACGAGCAUAUAAACGACAAUUUCUAUGUGGAUUUAAUAUAUCAGAUCCUCAAGACUCAAAUACAAUCGCAGCUCAAUUGGUCAAUUAUGGUCUUACAUUGCUUGAUAACUAUGAUGCCUCAACAAUUCCGCUUCUUUAUGCAGUUAUCAUGACCAUCUGUAAAAUAUCCACACAUUUCCACUUUCGACAUGAAUUAUUUAAUAAUACACUAAAGACGUUUACACUAAGUCUUUCACUUGUGGGUCAACAACAUUAUGCUCUUGUUAUAGCCGGCCUACAGCUGUGUGAGAGGAUACUAAGUGCUGAUCAAAACGAACAUAAAUAUGCUCGUGUUUUCUUAUCCGUUGAUUCAUUAGCGGCACGAAAAUUUUUGGAUGCAAUUAAAUGGCUUCUUUCACCUUAUCAAAAAUUGCAAGAUUUGUGGAAUGAAAGAGAAGAAUUAGAUACAGAAUCUGACGAUGAUGAAUCAUCAACAUCUUUAGCAACAGAAUACUGUUCACAACAUACCGAAAAUUUAGUGGAUCGAGUUAAUUUGAAAGUUCUAGCAUCUCUGUUUUAUGCAUGUUUUGAUCAUUGUUUACAAGUGACAGAAGAUGAUGUUCACCAAAUUGUUGACGUCAUCACAAUCUUAGCUGAUCCUAAUUUUACCAAAUUAAGUCGAAGUUGCAAUAAGUAUAAGAAAAAUUUGUUAUUUAUUACUCAUUUAUGUGCUUUGCUUACACCCAUAUUAUUAAACGGCCCAACUUUGAUUAGUCUGGCUUUAAUGAAUGAAACUCGUUUGUUAACAAUAAUUCCAACAACGAUCGCAUCUUUACAUCGAAAUUACGUAUGUAACAUGGAUCAAAUUAAUUUAGCUCUUCGUUUCUAUAUGCUAUUGAUACAACGAACAGAGACUUAUAAUGAUACCAGUAUUUCAAACUCUAGUGGUGAUGAUGAUGAUGACGACGAUGAAACAGAUAUCAAAGAACUCACUGUAUCAACGACUGAACUUGUCAGUCAACCAACAAACUCUUUAUAUCUUACAAAGGAUUUAUUAUCAUCAUACUAUACGUUACAUCAACAGUUUCAAAUGUUAAUUCAACGCGACGAAGCUGCAGCACAACGAAAGCAAUUUCAGGCUUUAUUCGAAACCGAAUGGAAGAAAAUUGAUACUUUACAGUUAAAACAUGAUUAUGAACAAAUGAAACAAGAAAAUCAAAGUCUGAAUGAAAAACUAAUACAUCUCGACAAAGAAUUACAGCGAACACAAUUAGAACGAGAUCAAUAUCGAAAAGAAUAUAUUCAGAUAGCUCAAGAGAUCGACCGUUUGAAAUUAUCCACUUCCACAAAUGUUAUUAACAACUCCACUCAAGUUUCAACAACUAUUUCUGUUGAAAAUAAUAUUACUGACAAGGCAGAUAUCAUCCAUCAAUUAAAUAAUCUGUCACCUGAUCAGAUUACAAGUCAACAAGCUGAACAGUUUAUUCGAGAAAUUUAUGGGCGAAGAACAACAUUUAAAGAUGAAGAUAUGCGAAAAUCAAUCUGUGGCUCAUUGAAACAUCUCGGUUCAGAUCUUUACAGUUCAUCAGUCCAUUUUCUUGACGAAUUAAUUCAAAACGCCGAAGAUAAUAUCUAUUUUGACAAAACUAGUCCAAACUUACGUAUUGAAUUGAAUCAUGAUUAUAUUCUAUUUUCCAAUAAUGAACAAGGUCUUCGAUCUCGUGAUGUACUAGCCAUCUGUAGUUUAGCAGUUACCACAAAAACAAGCGAACAAAAACAUAUCGGUGAAAAAGGUGUUGGAUUUAAAUCAGUUUUUGUUGCUUCAAAUCAACCCACACUCGUUUCUCAUGCAUGGCAAUUUCGUUUUCAAGUUCCUGGUUCUGAUGCUAUGUCUUACAUCACACCGUUAUGGAUACGAGAUGAAGAUAUUCCUGAAUGUAUUUUGAAACAAAUUUCCACAAAUCGACGACAAACACAUCUUUAUUUACCAUUGAAAUUAGCAGCACAUACUCCUUUAGCUGAACAAUUUCUUGAUGAUGUUUCGAAAGCGGUUGAUCCAUGUAUUUUAUUGAACAUGCGUCAGUUAGAAAAUCUUGAAAUUGUUGAUCUACGAGAAAAUAAAUCAAUAAUUAUUAAAAAACAACGAAUAGGUUCAACAAAAUUCGAAACACAAACAGCAGUAACGUUCGAGGAUUUGACAUUUCUUAAUCUAAAUGGAUCAAUGAUUAAAUUAUGUACUCCCAAAGGAGAUCGGAUUUUUCGAGUUUAUAAUUGUCAAAUCGAUGUUCCAAGUACAAUCGAACAACGACGAAAUCCUACGACAUCGUUAACAUUAGCAUUUCCUUAUGAUUAUGAUUUGAAUGCAACUGUAUACACUGGUUUACCUGUUUGUAAUCUUGGAUUUAAUUUUAUGUUCAAUGCUGAAUUUCAUUUAGUUACAAGCCGAGAAAAUGUUCGUGAAAAUGUUCCAUUCAACACUUAUCUUCGUGAUCAUUUAGCUGUUUUUUUUGUUUAUCUUCUUUUGAAUGAUAUGGAUUUGAAAAAAGAUAUAAGUCGUUAUUGUCCGUCGUCAGAUAUUCAUCAAAUUAAAUAUUCAUCUUGGUGGCAUUCAAUGAUCGAUCGUAUUACUAGAUUAAUUACAAAACAUUUCUCUGCUUUAUUUGAUAUUCGUAGAGGUAAAUCAACUCGUUAUUGGAAUCCUAAUUUAGCAGAUUUGAUCUCUAAAGAACAAUUGGAUAAUUAUGCCAAUAUUCAAGUGAUAGAUUCCAAUGACAAAUUCUUUACUGCUGAUCGUUUGAGAUCCUUUCAAAUUCAAACACUUUCUAUUACAGAUAUAUUGAAAUGUUUUCCGAGUCGAGAUGAACAAAUUAAUGAAUUUCAACAAUGGGUACAGAAAAAAGAUAAACAAUGGUGGUCUCAAUUUUUUCAUUAUCUGUCAGAAGCAAUGACUCCGGAUAUAGCUGAACUCAUGUUAGAAAAGCCAAUAUUCCUUCUUCAAAAUAAUGAUGAGCGACAAUAUUUACCGAUAACGAAUAAGACAUCGUUAUUGCUCUACAUUAAUGACGAUCCAUCAAUCCGAAUAUGGAAACAACGAUUAAUUGUUCUACAAUAUUCAUCAUCAACAGAAAGAACUGCUCUUCUUCAAUCAAAUCACGUUAAAAUUUUAACAGAGAAAGAUUUAAUUGAUAUUAUUCAAAAGAGUCAUUUAGAAUUAGUCAUUUCAUCAAUGAUGUUAACUGUGGGCGAUAAUCUGUUGGAAGAGAUAUGGAAAGAUUUAUUUUAUCUUCAAUCACGUAUUGAAAAAUUAGAUAAUUCCAAGCCUCUUCUCAUACCUAUUCAAGGAUCAUCUUGCUUGACUGUUAUUCAAAAUACAACUUUACCAACCAUAUUCGGCUUAGAUAUUAGACCUUAUGUUCAUUCUACACCCGUAACUUUUGUUCAUAUUCCUUACUAUAAUGUGGAUUCAAAUCGUUUAAUCAAUCAUCUUCAAUGGGAAUCUUUUCUAUUAAAAAUGCAUUGUAAACCACCUUUGAUUAAUCUUCCUCAAGAUUACACUAUUGCUCGUUUACCAUAUUUACCAUUAUUUACUAUGUUUAUAGAUGAGAAGCAUGCUCAUUUAGGUGAAUUUAUUUUAUCAAUUCAAUCAGAAAAUACUAAGCAAGCACUUCAGCAAUUUCCGAUUGUUGCUCAAAUGAAUUCUAAGGAAGAAACUCGACCAAUUUCAACGACAUUUGAUGAAUUUAUUCUUACAGAUUUACCGAAAUUACCACUAAUAAAUGUCCCUUCUUAUUGUCGUUCAUUAGCAAUGAAUAUGGGUGUUCGUACUGAAUAUGAUUUAAUGACUUCUAUGACAAUUCUUCAAUAUUUAAGUAAUGAAAAAAUUACUAACGUCGAUCUUUAUGUUGAAUGGUUGGGUCGAUUGCAGUUGGAAAUUCGAAAGAAGGAUGAAACUAUCGAUAUGGAUAGUUUUCGUUCUACAUGCCACUUAUAUUUUCCAGAUCAACAAAAAUUCUGUUUAUUAAAAGAUCUUCUUGUUAUGUCCGAAAUCAAUGAUCAACAUUAUGCAAGUAUCUUAUUAGUUUGUAAAUAUCUUAAAUUACAAUUAAUCUCUUCCACAAGUAAUCAAACAUAUUGGCAAUUUAAAGAUCUAUUCCGUACAUUAGAUUGUCAAUGUAAAGUGACUGUUGAAAAUAUUUAUCGAACUAUUCGUUUGGCAAGAAAUGAUAAAAAGAACUUUUAUCAAUUAGGUGAUGGUUUGACAACAUUAAAUGAGGAUGGAAUGGAAACAAUGAUUACACUUUAUCAAUAUCUUGAAGAUUCAAUAGCCAAAUGUGUUCAAGAUAGUGAAUCUGAUACUGAUCUUUAUCGUACGAUUAUCACACAAAAACAUCCAAAAGCACCUUAUGGUAGUCGAGAAGAUUUACAAUGGCGUUUUGCUCUCAUUUCAAAGAAGAUCUCACCAGAACUAAAAAAACUUAUUAGUACCUCGAUUCAAAAUGUAUCUCUUCCUCUCCUUACCAAUGAUCGUCAAUUGAUUGAAAAAACAUCUACGAAUAUUGUAUAUGCUUGUUUUGAAACAAAAAUCAUUCAAAACUUAUCAAGAACAAUUGGUAAACGUCAUUUUAUUUCACCAGUUAUUACUCGAACAUGCCCAUUAAUUUUGGCUCUCUCUGAAAUUGAUUAUGUUGAACGACGAGGAAAAAUUAAAUGGAUUCAUUCAAAUCUCAAUCUUGAAAAUCAUCUUACUCAAUUAACAGCAAUAUUUCGAGAAGCGACUAACGAUGAUGAUAUUGAAGUUAUCAGUGCAAGAUAUGCGGAAAUAUUUUUGCUUAUUUCGGAUGCUGCUAUCAUAGAAACAGUCAAUGAUGAUGACUAUGAUGACUUUCAGAUGGAAAGUGAUUAUGCUUUUUGGAUUUUCAAUAAAACUGUUUUUUUGUGUAUUGACUAUGUAAAAGAUGUGUCGUCAAAAGCUAUCGUUGCCAUAUCAGCCUUAGCAACUUUAUUACACAAAUGUCAGUAUAUACCAUUUGAUGAAGCUAAAUUAAUUGCUCGACAAAAGAUUACUCAAUGGAAUGAAUUUAUUUCAAAAUUACCUUCACGUUUUGCUAGUACCAAACCUGGUUUCUAUCCCUACUUGGAUGUGAUUUUUCCUAAAGAUCAUGAAUUGAUUGAAUCAAUGGUUAUUUCAAUCGGCCAAAAUCCCACCAUUGAACAAGAUCCAGAAGAAAUUUUCAUCGCACCAGAACGAUCUCUUGAAGAUGAAAGUUUUCGACAGCGUGUAAUGAAACAGAAUCAUCGUGAUCUAGAUCCAAAAACACCAAACAAUUGGAUGAAUCCGAUUAUUGUAGACGGUAUCGAACAUAUUCGUAUUGGCCAAAAUGCUGAACAUUUUUUCUUUACUUAUUUACAAAAUCUCUAUGGUGAAAUUGAUGUUACACCAACUAAAAAUUGGCGUUCUUCAUCACGUGCAAAGGUCUAUCCACAAUAUAAACGUAAUAUGAAUGAUUCACUUGGUUAUGACUUAGAGUUACAUGAUACAAAGGAGUAUUUUGUACGAGGGCUAAAAUCAAGAACUAAAAUAUGUUAUUUUGAAGUCAAAGGUACAAGUGGAUCUUUCCAUGAAGACAAAACAGUUUUUCAUAUAUCGCAAAAUGAAUUAGAAAAAUGCAAAAGUAUUACUUUUGAUUCAAGAAAACACGAACGAGAAGCAUAUUUCUUUGUUAUUGUUGAGCAUUGCCUGGAUCCAGAAAUGAUCGCUUUAGCUAAAGUUUUUGAUUGGUAA